GUUCUAUGUGAAAGACACUUCCGAUCAUCUUGAACGAAUCCCCCCCUGCGCCCACCAUGAAGCUCUUAGGCGCCCUUCCAGUCUUACUCCAACUGGCGCUGUCCGUGACUUGCCUCGCUGCCAAGUCAUUUUCAGCGUCAAACCUGUAUUAUGCUGCUGGGUUGAACAACCAACAGCAAACCUUUCUCUUGGAGGGUCUCCAAAGUGCUGGCGUCAAGGUCUUGCGUGUUUGGCUUGAUGGCCAGUCUGGCAACGAAAAGGGCACCGCAUUCGAAGCUUUCAACGGCCUCCAAGGCGAUGGGCCCGACGCCUGGGACGACACCGUGCUGAACAAGCUUGACAACUUCAUGGCCAGAGCCCACGGUUACGGGAUCAAGCUCCUGAUCUCGAUCCACAGCUACAACGCGCUCGACCUGAAGCGCGACUUUUACGGCAAGUGGUACGGCACUGGCGAUUUCUACACCAACAACGACGCCAUCCGGUACUUCAAGACCCGCAUCGCCCAUGUCCUCGCGCACGUCAACCCCAACAACGGCAAGACCUGGGCGCAGAGCUCAGAGUACAUCUUUGCGUUCGAGGCCCAGAACGAGGCCAUGCAUCCCCAGGUACGAGCGAUAUUCUCGUUAACGUGCACCUCCCCCCCCCCCUUGCGCGCGAUGGUACGGGCUGGGCAAAACUCACUCACAACCAAACCCCAGGGAAACCCAGCGGCCUUGGCCUCGUGGCAAUGCACCAUGGCCCAGUCCAUCAAGGACAACCUCAAGGGGAACACGGGCAUCCUGGUCACGACCGGGGGCGGCGCCUAUCUCGAUAACUCCCUCCUAGACCCCUACUUCAGCUGCAGCGCCCUCGACGUCCUCGCGAUCCACGCGUACGGCGUCAACGACUUCGCCACGUCGAGGCUCCUGCCGUACGUUACCCGGGCCCGGAACGCCGGCAAGAAGCUCAUCAUGCAGGAGUGGGGCGCCUGCUACACCAACGCGCCGAACCACGACUGCAGGGGCGGCAGCCCGCUCGGCGCCGGGACGAGGGACGCCAACAUCCGCAACUGGGCCGCCAGCAUCGACGCCGCCGGCAUCCCGUGGUUCUACUGGCAGAUCCUGCCGAACCCGAACCCGCACCACGAGUGGGACUACGAGGUCGGGAUUAACGACGUCAACUGGCAGGCCCUCAAGGCCGCGGGUCUUGCUGCUGGCCGGGCCGAGUCCCAGUUCGACUUUGAUCGCUGGCUCCUUUGA